AUGUUGAAGCUCGGUGGACUUAUCCUGUGCGCUCUUAUAGCAACAAGUGCAGCACAUCCCCAGAAUAUCCCAGCAGCUCGUGUCCAUGCACGCAGUGUGACGUCGCUUGCUGUCGUCGCAGCCGCAGCCGCUACUAGUACCACUACCACUGCCACAACAACUUCCACUUCCUCGACUUGCACGGCUGGUGACACCUCUUCCACCAAUGGCGUGCAGGCAAUUCUUGAUUCUACCGGUGCCCUUGACUGGCUAGAUACUUAUGCUCGACAGCAUGCCAAACGGUGA